AUGGCACACAAAUUCGUCAUCACAGCCUUCCUCACGGGCUCUCGCAUCCUGGGACGGUCCUUCAUGGCCGCCUACCGACAAGCCCAGGCCUCGUCGCAAUAUCAGCGUGCGCAAGCCAAGGCGACUGGCGUCAGCGCUUCAGGUCGAGCCUCUCUCACAGCCGGCAUGACCCUGGAGGAGGCUUGCCGCAUCCUGAACGUCAAACCCCCGGCCAAUGGCCAGGCCAACGUCGAGGAGGCGCUCGAGCGGUACAAGAGGCUAUUUGACGCAAACAACCCUGAAAAGGGUGGCAGCUUCUAUCUCCAGAGCAAGAUUGUAAGAGCAAAGGAGCGCCUCGAGGCUGAGACUGGACCCAUACGAGAAAAAGCCGAGAUGGAGGCUGAGGCAAAAGAGGGGUGGAAGCCCAAAGUCUACAAGGAUCAAUGA